UAUUUUCUUCGGUUUUGAUUUCAUUCAUUCAAUUCUCACUACUUGUAUCGUCCUCUCACACCAAAGCGCAUUAUCCCAUUACAAACCCACCCCCUAAAAACGCAUAACAUAAAUAAACCUCCAACCAUCUUCAUUUCAUUCUCUCUUCAUGGCUGUUGAGGCUCACCAUCUUCACCUCUUUUCCCCUCAACUCAUUACUAACCGAGAAAUGAUGAACCCGGUUGAAACAAACACAAACAUCAUCUACAACAAUAUAUCACAAAUGGGUUAUUCUUCAAUUCCACCAUCUACCAUCAAAACCACCGCAACAGAGACUAUGAUUCUUCCACCUUACAACUCAAUAACAACCGAUUCAUUACCUCAGAAAACUGCUAUGAACUCUGAUAGUGGUCUCACCUAUAAUGUUCCUCCAUUAAGAAAACGUUCUAGAGAUUCUAGAGACUAUUCUAAUUCCAUCAAUUUUCCUUACCCAAAUUCCUAUAUUUCUCCUUCAACACCACAACAACAAAACAAUCAUAGAAGUUGUGCUUCUUCUUCUUUCUCUUUUCUUGGUGAAGAUAUUUCUCUUCAGAUCCAAAGACAACAACUUGAUAUUGAUCAACUCAUUUCUCAACAAAUGGAGAAAGUGAAAUAUGAGAUUGAAGAAAAGCGUAAGAGACAAGCGAUGAGAUUGAUUCAAGCAAUUGAUAUGAGUGUGACAAAGAGAAUGAAGGCUAAAGAAGAAGAAAUAGAGAAAAUUGGGAAAAUGAACUGGGCAUUAGAAGAAAGAGUUAAGUCACUUUGCAUGGAGAAUCAAAUUUGGCGUGAUUUGGCACAAAGCAAUGAAGCAACAGCCAAUGCUUUGAGGACUAAUCUUGAACAACUUCUUCAACAACGCGCCCCGGCCGGUGACGGUAAUGAAGAUACCGUUGUUCCGGCCAGGCCGGUUGCUUUGAUGGAUGAUGCAGAAUCAUGUUGUGAUAGUAAUGAGAGUAUCAAUGAUGAUGAUGCAGUUGAUCAGUGGAGAAAUGUGGUGGGGCAUAAUGGUAAAAACAUUGGAGCAAUGAAGAUGGUGGGAAAUUGUGGUGGUGGUGAUAGCAAUUUUGUGAAUAGCAUGAAACUGUGCAGUAACUGUGGGAAAGAUGAAUCAUGUGUGUUGAUUUUACCUUGUAGACAUCUUUGUUUAUGUGCUGUUUGUGGGUCUUCUCUUCACAUUUGUCCUAUUUGUAAAUCUUUCAAAACUGCUAGUAUCCAUGUUAACAUGUCAUGAACAUGGAUGAAUUUACCUUUAGGUAGUUUCUUAGAGAAAGAAAAAAAUUUACUUCAUGAUGGAAUGGUAAAAAAAAAUCGUUUUGAUCCUAAA